GAGGCAUAUUUCUCUGUCGCAUACCCAUUGCCCAGUAUGGGUGAGACUGGAAAACGAUCGCGUUCACGGAGGGAUAGGGAUAAUGAUGGAGACGGUAAACACCAGAAGAAACGGGCAGCCAACAAAGACGAUUCCGGGGAUGGUGAGUUGAUUGUAUAUCGCAUCCUCUGCCCAGACGGCGUUAUUGGAAGUGUGAUUGGUAAGAGUGGGAAAGUAAUAAAUUCAAUAAGGCAGGAGACACGAGCAAAGGUUAAGGUCGUGGACCCUUUUCCUGGAGCUAAGGACAGGGUUAUCACAAUAUAUUGCUAUGUUAAGGACAAGAGCGACGUGGAGGUUGACGAUGAAGAUGAGGACAUGGAUCCUCUCUGCCCUGCCCAGGAUGCUUUCCUCAAAGUGCAUGCAGCCAUUGCUAAUGCAUUGGCUACAGUUGGAGAAUCUGACAAGAAACGGAAAGAUAAAGAGGAAGCACACCUUCUUGUUCCUUCCAGCCAAGCAGCGAAUAUCAUCGGUAAGUCUGGGGCAACUAUCAAGAAGUUAAGAAACAAGACAAGGGCAAACAUCAAAGUUAAUCCAAAGGACACGAGUGACCCCACUCAUUCAUGUGCUAUGGACUUCGAUAACUUUGUUCUGAUAACGGGCGAGGCUGAAGCAGUAAAAAAGGCACUGUAUGCCAUAUCUUCUAUCAUGUACAAGUUCACUCCCAGAGAAGAUAUUUCUCUUGAGGCAUCCGUCCCUGAAGCACCUCCUAGUAUCAUUAUCCCAUCAGAUGUCCCUAUUUAUCCGGCUGCAGGCUUCUAUCCAAGUGCUGAUUCUAUGGUUCCUCCUUCUAGAUCUGUUCCCCCAGUCAUUGGAUCUACACCUCAUGUACCAGAUCUCCCUGGAUAUGCGGAUACAGGGAGUGCAUGGCCAGUGUAUUCUAGUGCCCUUCCUAUGGUUUCUGGUUAUGUAGCUCCAUCUCGAUCCGAGGAGCUAACAGUAAGACUGUUGUGUCCGUAUGACAAGAUUGGCCGUGUUAUUGGCAAGGGAGGAAGUUCCAUUAAAGGUGUGAGGCAGGCAAGUGGUGCUCGUAUCGAGGUUGAUGACAAAAAAGUUGAUCGUGACGAGUGCCUCAUCACUAUCACAUCAACAGAGUCUUCAGAUGAUGUGAAAUCAGUGGCGGUUGAAGCCGUUCUACUGCUACAAGAGAAGAUAAAUGACGACGAUGAUGACACUGUUCGUAUCCGUUUCCUUGUUCCAUCUAAAAUUAUUGGGUGUAUUAUUGGAAAGAGUGGUUCAAUUAUAAAUGAAAUUCGGAAGAGAACUAAAGCAGAUGUUCGUAUAUCAAAAGGCGAGAAGCCAAAAUGUGCUGAUGUGAAUGAUGAGCUUGUUGAGGUGGUUGGAGAGGUUAGUAGUGUGAGAGAUGCACUUGUUCAGAUUGUUUUGAGGCUCCGGGAUGAUGCCUUGAAAGAUAAGGACAGUGGUCACAAUCCUCCUCCUGCUUUGGAUUCUCUUUAUUCUAGUGGUAAUCUUUCAAUGCCUUCGGCCUUGCCUAGUGUUCCUGCUAUUGCUCCAUUCGGCUAUGAUCAAAGGGUUGAUAGUGGAAGCGGCUUGGGCAUGCUUUCCUCAAACAGCCUCUAUGGGUACGGGUCAUUUCCGAUGGGAGAGAAUGGCUAUGGUUCCUUAUCUUCAUACUCAUCAAAGCCAUAUGGAGGAUUGCCACCGCCUUCAAACUUUGAUAUGGUGAUACCUGCCAAUGCGGUGGGUAAAGUGAUUGGUAAAGGGGGAGCAAACAUUGCUAACAUUCGGAAGAUCUCAGGAGCAUUGAUAGAGAUUCUCGACUCAAAGACAUCUCGUGGUGAUAGAAUUGCCCAGAUAUCUGGUUCCCCUGAUCAGAAGCGUUCUGCUGAGAACUUAAUUCAGGCGUUCAUAAUGGCCACAUGAGAUUAUGGAUCACUCUGGUAUUUGAAGGUGAAUUCUAAUAUAGAUACGGGGAUUUCUUCCCCAGACGAUUCCUCCAUGUUUCCUUUAGGUGUUGCUCCAGAAGAAUUCAGUGUUCCUAGGCCUCUCCAACUGGAACUCCUAUUCCCUUCAUAAAAGAGCCUACUCGAGAUUUAUUGGCAGAUUCACUCUGGUUAUUUUUUUGGGAGCUGGGCUUUUAUCUAAGUUGCUCAAUCUUUUCUGUCCUGUUAUCUUAGAACUAAAAUAGGAUCUUUCUUUCCUAUUUUGGUAUUUUAUCAUGCCUUAUCUUUGACUAGCAUAGACCCGUCUUAUUUCCAGUGUGCUGCUGUGCUCUUUAUAAUGAUGUUCACUCCAGUAAUAUUCUCUUUAAUGACCAUAACUUCGUUCAUUGCGACUCAUAAUAAAUGUGUAUGCUUUACUUGUC